GCCUCGCGGCCUCGCGCUGGGGGCGGGCUCGUUGCGCGCGAGCCGGGAGCUGAAGACGUUCGGGGCCGGAGAGGGCGCUCCCGCCGCCGCUUCAGCCGAGGGGGCCGGGCUGGAGCUGGCUGUGGCCGCCGGAGAUCUUCUCGACGCCUCCAGCUCCGGCCGGGAAGAGAGCCAGGAUGAUUGAAGAAGGUGGGAACAAGUGGAAGACCAUGGCGGAGAAGAGGCAGCUGUUCAUAGAAAUGCGUGCUCAGAAUUUUGACGUCAUACGGCUAUCAACUUACAGAACAGCUUGCAAAUUACGAUUUGUACAAAAACGAUGCAAUCUUCAUCUUGUUGAUAUCUGGAACAUGAUUGAAGCCUUCCGAGACAAUGGCCUUAAUACACUGGACCAUACCACUGAGAUAAGUGUAUCCCGCCUUGAAACUGUCAUCUCAUCCAUCUACUAUCAGUUGAAUAAGCGCCUUCCUUCUACUCAUCAAAUCAGUGUGGAACAGUCUAUCAGCCUUCUCCUCAACUUUAUGAUUGCUGCAUAUGACAGUGAGGGCCGAGGCAAGUUGACGGUAUUUUCAGUUAAGGCUAUGUUAGCAACCAUGUGUGGUGGAAAAAUGCUGGACAAAUUGAGAUAUGUUUUCUCGCAGAUGUCAGAUUCCAAUGGCUUAAUGGUAUUUAGCAAGUUUGACCAGUUCCUGAAGGAAGUUCUGAAGCUCCCAACAGCUGUCUUUGAAGGGCCAUCUUUUGGUUACACAGAGCAUUCAGUCCGCACCUGUUUUCCACAGCAGAAAAAGAUAAUGCUGAAUAUGUUCUUAGACACAAUGAUGGCUGAUCCUCCCCCACAGUGCCUUGUCUGGCUGCCUCUCAUGCACAGGCUUGCCCAUGUUGAGAAUGUCUUCCACCCUGUGGAGUGCUCCUAUUGCCGCUGUGAGAGCAUGAUGGGCUUCCGGUACCGAUGCCAGCAGUGCCACAACUACCAGCUCUGCCAGAACUGCUUUUGGCGUGGCCAUGCUAGUGGCCCUCACAGCAACCAACACCAGAUGAAAGAGCAUUCCUCUUGGAAAUCUCCUGCGAAGAAGCUGAGCCAUGCAAUUAGUAAAUCUUUGGGAUGUGUACCCUCCAGAGAACCUGCGCAUCCUGUUUUUCCUGAGCAACCAGAGAAACCACUUGACCUUGCACAUAUAGUUCCUGCUCGACCUCUGACUAAUAUGAAUGACACCAUGGCUAGCCACAUGUCCUCUGGAGUACCCACUCCCACCAAGAGGUUACAGUUUAGCCAGGACAUGUCCAGUCCUUUGGCCGAUGAGCAUGCGCUGAUAGCCUCCUAUGUGGCCCGUCUGCAGCACUGUGCACGUGUCCUGGACAGUCCUACCCGACUGGAUGAGGAACACCGGCUUAUAGCGCGCUAUGCUGCCCGGUUGGCUGCAGAAGCAGGAAACAUGACUCGUCCUCCCACUGAUGUGAGCUUUAAUUUUGAUGCCAACAAACAGCAGAGACAGCUCAUUGCAGAAUUGGAAAACAAAAACAGAGAGAUCCUGCAGGAGAUCCAGCGCCUCCGCCUGGAGCAUGAGCAGGCCUCCCAGCCCACUCCCGAGAAGGCCCAACAGAACCCCACGUUGCUGGCAGAGCUACGAUUGCUGAGGCAGAGGAAAGAUGAGCUGGAGCACAGAAUGUCUGCCCUGCAGGAGAGCAGGCGGGAGCUGAUGGUCCAGCUGGAGGGGCUAAUGAAGCUGCUGAAGGAGGAAGAACAAAAGCAGGCAGCUCAGGCCACAGCAUCACCACAUACAUCACCCACUCAUGGAGGUGGCCGCCCCCUGCCCAUGCCUGUCCGCUCCACAUCUGCUGGCUCCACCCCCACCCACUGCCCACAGGACUCACUGAGUGGAGUUGGGGAUGACGUACAGGAAGCCUUUGCACAAGGUACAAGGAGAAACCUCCAUAAUGACCUGCUGGUGGCCGCUGACUCCAUCACCAACACCAUGUCAUCCCUGGUAAAGGAGCUCCAUUCAGCAGAGGAUGUUGCAGAGAAAGAAGAAGAAGAGAUGAUGCAGAAUGGGAAAGACAGAGGUUAACAGAGGAGCCCAAGCACACAGGAACUCGGCCUCAGUUCUCACCACAUUUCCAGCCUGGCAUUGCAAACCCAGUUGGUCCUUCUGUGGAAAUGCUUCCUGAUCUGUGACAAGCCAUGACCACAGAAGACCCCAGACCCACCAGAAGGGAGAACACCCUCCCCUUCAAGCCACCCCUGGGAAGGCUGGUCUUGCAGCCCCUCAGCAACAGAUCCAGACCUCAGAUGGAGGCUCACAGCAGCUGUCAGCAGCACCUGGAGCCCAUGGCGCUGCCGCCGUGACUAACACAGAGCUGUCUUGUACAGGCACAGAGGACGUGGAGUGAGCUGGCACCAACAUGAUGAAGGCAGCGUCUUCCCCCUGAGGCGCAUUCCCAGCCAUCUCUCUGCUGCACACCUGGACUGGCUUGCAGGCCCCUAGACCUCACUCCCUUGCCAGGGAGCGGGAGGGACUGCCUGGAAGGAGGGUGCCGCUGUGGCAGGAUCUUCCCUUGCCUCCCCCUGCAUGUCCUAGCAUCUUCAUUACUCCCUUCGGGGCAUGGUUUCAUCUCCAAAACAGGAAUUUACAAGGAGGCUGAAAGAGAAAAGAAAAUGCGCUAAGCCCUGUGUGUCUAUGACCUGUGGGUCUCCUGGCAUCCAGCCAGAACAUGGCAUGGUGCCUAGCUCAGGAGCACGUUUCCUCCUUACCUUUGACCUUUAAAAACUAACAGGUCUUUGGUUUAGGCAAAGAAAGCUGCAGGCCUCCUCACUUGUAUAGUCAUUCACACCCACCGCCACUGUGCUAAAAAUAGCCUCCUUCCUUUCAGUCAACUGGUGAUGCUUCCGGCACUGCUGGGAGGCGGGACACAGCACUAGGGGCCUCCCCCCCAGGUACUGCAUGGAGCAGCCUUGGCCCUUGGGGUUCCUAUAGGUGGGGCACACAUGAUCAAGUCUAAAUCCUUGUGAGAUUUUUUUUUUUUUUCCUUCUGUUCCCUAGGCUCCAGGAUGUUAUUUUUACUAAAAGAGCUGCCAUAAAUAUUUAUAAAGGGCAGUGACAAGAGUGAAGUGAGAAGCACCAUUGCUGGCUCUCCCACACCCUCCACGCACAGCUGCAGACCUUUCCCCUGUGAGGUGUGCAGGGCCACUGAGCUUUACGUGGGGCCUCACAUAGCAUCCCUGGAGCCCUGGACAAGAAGACAGAGUAGCACAGAAGGCAGAUGUUACAGCCUUCCCUUCUUGGUUACCCCAUAUCUGAGGGAGGUCAAGGCCACAGUUGUGGAAUGUCUAGACCUAGGGUCUGGGUUAGAAAGUGGAUCUGGAAUUGCUGUAGCUCUGUGAGGGCAA